UUGGAUCUUUUAAGAUUUCAGAGGAAAAAGUUUUGUGGGUCAUGAAAAUGGCACGAAUCUGAAUAUGAUAAAGCAAAGAAAGAAGCUGACAUCAACAGACCUCCCUUUACCUUCUCUUCUCCAUAAAUACCACAUGCUUCUUCCCUGAUUUUCUUCCUCACUCUCAAAAUCCCAUGAAAAUGACGACAUGAAUCCAACUCUUCGUCUCCUUAUUUGUUAAGAAACCUCGCUCAGUUUCAACGUAAAACAUUCUCAUUUUCCAGGGGAAGAAAAAUGAAGUUCUCUUCAACAACACCCAUUACCAUUCCCUUCGUAUUCUUUUUUUUCUUCUUCUUCUUCUUUAAAGGUUCUUUAGCAGCAAACGUGACUUAUGACCGUCGCUCUCUUAUUAUUGAUGGGCAACGGAAGCUUCUCAUUUCAGCUUCCAUUCAUUACCCUCGUAGUGUUCCUGGAAUGUGGCCGGGACUGGUAAAAACAGCAAAAGAAGGAGGUAUUGAUGUCAUUGAAUCUUAUGUUUUUUGGAAUGGCCAUGAGCUUUCCCCAGGCAAAUAUUAUUUUGGUGGGCGAUACGAUCUAGUCAAAUUUGUGAAGAUCGUUCAGCAGGCUGGAAUGUAUAUGAUUCUUCGAAUUGGUCCAUUUGUUGCAGCUGAAUGGAAUUAUGGAGGGGUACCGGUUUGGCUACAUUAUGUGCCAGGCACUACCUUCAGGACCAAUAGUGAGCCAUUCAAGUACCAUAUGCAGAAGUUCAUGACAGUCAUAGUGAAUUUAAUGAAGCAAGAAAAGCUUUUUGCAUCACAGGGAGGUCCCAUAAUCUUGGCCCAGGUUGAAAAUGAAUAUGGAGACAUAGAAAGAGUCUAUGGAGAGGGAGGAAAGCCAUAUGCCAUGUGGGCUGCUAGCAUGGCUGUUUCACAAAAUAUAGGUGUACCUUGGAUAAUGUGUCAACAGUAUGAUGCUCCUGAUCCUGUGAUCAAUACUUGUAACUCUUUUUACUGUGAUCAAUUCCAACCUAAUUCCCCGAACAAGCCUAAAAUUUGGACUGAGAACUGGCCUGGAUGGUUUAAAACUUUUGGGGCCAGAGAUCCUCAUAGACCGCCAGAAGAUAUUGCUUUCGCUGUUGCUCGAUUUUUUCAGAAGGGUGGCAGUGUGCAAAAUUAUUACAUGUAUCAUGGUGGAACAAAUUUCGGCCGCACAUCAGGUGGACCGUUCAUUACAACGAGUUAUGACUAUGAGGCACCUAUUGAUGAAUAUGGCUUACCUCGGCUUCCAAAAUGGGGACACCUUAAAGAACUCCAUAGAGCUAUAAAGUUAUGUGAGCAUGCGUUGUUGAAUGGGGAGCCGACUAAUUUGUCACUAGGUCCUUCCUUAGAGGCCGAUGUCUAUACUGAUUCUUCCGGAGCAUGUGCUGCCUUUCUUGCUAACACAGAUGAUAAAAAUGACAAGACUGUUGAAUUCCGGAAUGUGUCAUAUCAACUGCCUGCAUGGUCAGUCAGCAUUCUCCCUGACUGCAAGAACGUCGUAUUCAACACUGCUAAGGUCGGUUCCCACACCUCUAAAGUUGAAAUGGUACCCGAGAAUUUGCAGCCAUCAAUGGCCUCACUGGAUCAAGGAUUGGAACGUCUUCAAUGGCAAGUGUUUAAGGAAAAUGCUGGGAUUUGGGAAGUAGCAGACUUUGUCAAAAAAGGUCUUGUGGAUCAUAUAAAUACAACCAAGGAUACUACUGACUACCUCUGGUAUACAACAAGUUUACAUGUCAGUGAAGAUGAAGAGUUCUUGAAGAAAGGAAGCAGCCCAGUUCUUCUGAUUGAGUCAAAGGGUCACGCUCUCCAUGUCUUUGUGAAUCAGGAACUUCAAGGUAGUGCAUCUGGAAAUGGAUCCCAUUUUGCCUACAAUUUUAAAGGUCCUAUUUCUCUCAAGGCUGGAAAGAAUGAUAUUGCAUUGUUAAGCAUGACUGUUGGUCUACAGAAUGCAGGACCAUUUUAUGAAUGGUGGGGAGCAGGACUAACUAAUGUCAAGAUAAUGGGGUUCAAUAAUGGGACAUUGGAUUUGUCUUCGAGUAGUUGGUCCUACAAGAUUGGAUUGCAAGGAGAGAAGCUUGGUAUAUACAAGCCAGAUGGUUCGGCUGCUGUAAAUUGGACAUCUACCUCAGAACCCCCAAAAAACCAGCCUUUGACGUGGUACAAGGCUGUUGUGGACUCACCAGCUGGAGAUGAACCAGUCGGGUUGGAUAUGCUUCACAUGGGAAAAGGCCUAGCUUGGUUGAACGGAGAAGAAAUUGGAAGAUACUGGCCUAGGAAAAGUUCUGUACAUGAUAAGUGCGUUCAAGAAUGUGAUUAUAGAGGCAAAUUCUUCCCAGACAAAUGCUUAACUGGAUGUGGAAAGCCAACACAAAGAUGGUAUCAUGUCCCACGAUCUUGGUUCAAGCCGUCAGGAAAUGUUCUUGUGAUCUUUGAGGAGAAGGGUGGGGAUCCAACAAAAAUUCAAUUUUCUAAACGGAUAUUCUCUGGUGUAUGUUCUUCCAUUGCAGAGGAUUAUCCAUUGGUUGAACAUGAGUUCCCUAGUGAAAAUGGAAAAGGAGAUAACAAUGUGGCAACUGUCCUCUUGAAGUGUCCCAAGAAUACCCAUAUAUCCAAUGUGAAAUUUGCUAGCUUUGGAACUCCUACUGGAACAUGUGGAUCCUACAGCAAAGGAGAUUGUCACGAUCCUAAUUCCAGUUCUGUGGUUGAGAAGGUCUGUUUGGGUAAAACCGAAUGUGCCAUAGAACUAUCAGAAGAAAAUUUUGGUAAGGAUUUGUGUCCUGGCAUAACUAAAAAACUUGCAGUUGAAGCAUCUUGCAGUUGAAGUUGCGAAUUUCCGGGUUCCAGCAGAAAAGCAGGUUCGUGUGAACACGGAACAUAGAUUUUGCUGCUUCGCAACCGAGUGGAAGAGGAGAGAAAAGCUUCCUUUUUUUUUUAAUUUCGAUUUAGUCCCCAGUAAACCUAUUUUAUUUACAUAGCAGGAAAUACUGCUCUUAUUCAUCUUCAGCUAUUUUAAGGUGCUACAAAGAAUGGACUGGCAUUGAGUCAAAUAAUUCAAUUCCAAAUGAAAAAGUUGAUUAAUAUAAAGUGAGUGAUAUUACCUCCAAA